AUGUAUGCCCCGGGAGGCGCAGGGCUGCCCGGCGGGCGCCGGCGGAGGAGCCCGGGAGGCAGUGCGCUGCCCAAGCAGCCGGAGCGUAGCCUGGCCUCGGCCCUGCCGGGCGCCUUGUCCAUCACGGCGCUGUGCACUGCCCUCGCUGAGCCUGCCUGGUUGCACAUCCAUGGUGGCACCUGUUCCCGCCAGGAGCUGGGCGUCUCCGACGUCCUGGGCUAUGUGCAUCCGGACCUGCUGAAAGACUUCUGCAUGAAUCCCCAGACGGUGCUGCUCCUGCGGGUCAUUGCCGCCUUCUGCUUCCUGGGCAUCCUGUGCAGCCUCUCCGCAUUCCUCCUUGAUGUUUUUGGGCCCAAGCAUCCGGCCCUGAAGAUCACGCGUCGCUAUGCCUUCGCCCACAUCCUUACGGUCCUGCAGUGUGCUACUGUCAUCGGCUUUUCCUACUGGGCUUCCGAACUCAUCCUGGCCCAGCAGCAGCAGCAUAAGAAGUACCAUGGUUCCCAGGUGUAUGUCACCUUUGCUGUUAGUUUCUACCUGGUGGCAGGAGCUGGCGGAGCCUCAAUCCUGGCCACGGCAGCCAAUCUCCUGCGCCACUACCCGACAGAGGAGGAGGAGCAAGCGCUGGAGCUGCUGUCUGAGAUGGAGGAGACCGAGCCCUACCCCUCGGAAUAUGAGGUCAUCAACCAAUUCCAGCCGCCCCCGGCCUACACACCCUGA